AUGUUUAAAUUUUUAUUUCCUGAAAAAAUUAAGACUGUUAUUAUUCAUUUCUUAAUUACGAUAAAUAAUUUGAAUAUUAUCACUUUAUUACAUUCGCUGUUGCCCAUAUUUUCUUUCGUUUCUUCAUCAUCAUUAUCGUUAUCACUAUCACCACUACUACUACCAACAACAACAUCAACAUCAUCACCAUUACCAUCAUUAACCAAAUCAAUGAAUUCUCAAACAAUAACGGAUCUAUGUGGCAAACAACAUAUAGUAUUGGAUUACAAGCAUCCGGAAUAUGUAAUCAAUUAUCCGGCUACAUUCAUCUCUGAUAAUACGGAUUACAUGCAUCAAGAAGAAAGUUAUUUGGCGUCGGAAGAAAAGAAAAACGAACGACAAUUACCUUAUCCUUUGGAUUUCUAUAUUAACAAUGAUAUUUCUACAUUUCAGUAA